AUGUCCGUCGACUUUGAGAAGAUAUACCACAAUUUAGAUCCAAUUCCAGGAAUCCUGAGAUUACAACAAGGCGGUUUAGGUUGGAAAUCUCAAAAUAAUUUAGUUACAAUCUCUGCUGAAGAUAUCUCUCAUAUGCAAUGGAUGAGAGUGGCUAGAAAUUUCCAGCUUAAAAUUGGAUUUAAAAGCGAUAGACAUAGAGAGGUCUUUGAUGGCUUAGUUAGAGAUGACUUUGAAAGACUUAGCAAAACUGUAAAGGAAUUCUACGGCGUUUCAAUUGAAACUCGUGAAAUUUCUUUCAAAGGUUGGAAUUGGGGUAAAACAGAGUAUAGAGGCGAAGAUCUUAGUUUCCAGGUAUCUGGUAGAACUAUGUUCGAUAUUCCAGUUCACAAAAUUGCUAAUUCCAAUAUUGCUUCCAAAACUGAAGUUUCUCUCGAAUUCAUUGAUCCAACUGCUUCUGCUCAAGGCGAACCCACAGACUCCUCUUCAAGCUCAUCACGUAAAGCUGAUGAACUCGUUGAAAUGAGAUUUUACAUACCAAACUCAGAAAAGUCUCGUGAGAUUAUCGGAGAGAAGGAAGACGAUAACGAUCAAGAAGAGCAUUCCGCAGCUCAACUCUUCCACGAUCAAAUCAAAGACAAAGCUGAGAUUGGUCAGGUAUCUGGCGAUGGUUUGGUUGUGUUCAAUGAUAUCCUCGUCGUCACUCCUAGAGGUCGCUACGAAAUUGACAUGUACCCAACCUUCAUCAGACUUAGAGGUAAAACUUAUGAUUACAAAAUUCUCUACUCCUCUAUUAGACGCUUGUUCGUCCUCCCAAAGACUGACGAAAUGCACGUCUUAUUGGUCGUCGCGCUGGAUCCUCCUAUCAGACAGGGUCAGACAAAGUAUCCAUACAUCACAAUGCAAUUCCCUACGAACGAGGAAUUGGACGCUACUAUAAACAUGGAAGAGUCAGAGAUUAGCGAAAAAUAUGGUGACAGAUUGCAGAAGCAUUACGAUGCUCCUGCUUACGAGGUUGUUGCUCAAGUGUUUAGAGGUUUGAGUGGUAAAGAUAUAACUACUCCAAAGACAUUCAAGAGCUACAACAAUCAACCUGCGAUCAAGUGCAACGUCAAGGCCAACCAAGGUGAUCUCUAUGUGAUGGAGAAGUCACUGCUUUUCAUGACCAAACAACCUAUUUACAUCCCAUUCAAUGAUAUUCAGUCGGCCCAGUUUUCUAGAGUCGGCGGUGCAAUCAGUUCGAGUCGUACGUUUGAUUUACGUGUAGUGCAGAGAUCGGGUACAGAGAACGUUUUCAGUGGAAUAAACCGCGAGGAGCACGAGCCACUCGAAGAAUAUCUCUCUAGUAGGAAAAUCAAGACCAAGAACAGCCUCAAUGAGAAUAUGAUCGGCGCACCAUUGCAGGCUGCAGUUGACAGCGACUCAGAUAUGGAUGAUGGCGAUAAAAGCGCACGCAAGCAACCUACAGCUACAGCGGGUGGUGGUGAAGACGAGGAAUCCGAAGAAGACGAAGAUUUCCAAGCUUCCUCUUCCGAUGAAGGCUCCCCAUCUGAAAGUGACUCAGAAGAUGAGGACGAUGAUGGAGACGCUAAAAUGUCCACUGCCAAGAAUUCUAAAGAUAAGGACUCUGAUGGUCCACCUAAGAAGAAAGCACGUAAGCAAAGUGCAAGUGGUGCAGACGAAGAUGAUGCCAUACAAGUUGAAAGUGAUUAG